GAAGCGUGGUUCUCUAUGACCUGCCCGCCUUUUACUUGCUUUACCUUUGCAUUUGCCCGUUCGUUUGACUGUCUUUAGAUUUUACAUCAGCGUGGGUUUUUCUUAUUAAAUUGUUGUUCAUCAAAUAUCUAUACCAAUUACUUUAAAUAUGCGCAAACGAAAGUCGGUAAAGAAAGCUGAUGAUGAUUCCGACGGAUCUGAAGGUGGCGGUGAACCAGAAGAAUUCCAAGAUUCUGGAGAAGAUUGGACGCCGGAUGCCGAUUCGAAUGAACAGCCAGUACGUGGAGGGGCUGGACGUAAACGAACAUCAAAAGCUUCAUUGAACAACUCCAAAAAAAAACGUAAAAAUUCCACAUCAGAAGAGAGUGAAGGGGAGGGUGAAGAAGAUGAGGAAGGUGAAGAAGAAGAAGGUGAAGAAGAUGAAGAAGAGGGGUCUGAUGAUGAGAAGAAUGGCUCCGAUGGAAAUAAGUCUGAUUCCAGUCAGUCUAAAGAUGUACCAAAGCAUUUCCAUUCUGGAAAUUUCGUCUUGCUGAAAUCAGAUGUCAAAUGGGAUGGUGACACAGUAAUUUCUAAGUUGGAUGAAUUAAAUUUAUGGAAAAUAGAUGGUAAAGCAUUGUUACAAAAAUUUAUACCAAUGGAAUCAAAUGGAAAAAUUCUUCACAAAUGUACUUGUGUGUAUUCUGGAUGGAAUGUCGACAACCGUGAUAAUUACUACCCAAUCACUGAAAUUUUGGACCGGAACCCACGUACAGAUUCUAAGGAAAUUUGUGUAGCAUUAGAUCUAAAUGAUCUUAUCAAAGUAAGAGAUAAGUAAAUUCAUUAUGUUUUUACUUAAUUCAAUUAAAUAAGUGGAAGUAAUUUUUGUCACUUGAUAUUUUCCUUUGGCUCUUCAUUCCAAUUUACUUUGUGUAAUUCAAACAUUUUAUAAAAAAUGGGUAAUAAAUGUUCAGUACAGUA